UAUAGCAAAAACAUACCAAAACAUUUCUUCUCGUAGCCACCAAUCCACCAAGGCAUCAAUUACAAUUCACAAACCAUCUCCGAUCUACCCCCUUCAACAGUUGAAUUAUCUCUCCUGCAACCCAAAUUCCCAAUCUUUCACCUUCAAUUUUCCCAGAAAGAUGGAACCAGAUGUAAGCAUAGAAUCAAUGUGCACGAUCCGAAUAGCAGUGAUCCCAAUUGGCCAAAUCUCACCAUCUCUCUUCAGAGAGUACGCAUCUCUCUUAACCGUGCACUCAAAAAUUGAUCUUUCAUCAAUCAGCUCAUUCUAUACUGAACACCAGAAGUCCCCCUUCACCCAUCAACCCUGGGAUUCUGGGUGUCUCCGUUUCAAGUUCAUCCUUGGUGGUUCCCCUCCUAGCCCUUGGGAAGAUUUCCAAUCAAACCGUAAAAUCCUUUCUGUAAUUGGGAUCUUUCAUUGCCCUUCUUCUCCUGAUCUUGAUUCUGUCAAUGAUCAGUUUUCCAUUGUUUGUAAGGCCUAUAACUCCUCUCUGGCUCAAAAAUGUUUUGGGUUUUGCCCUGGAGACGAGCAGCUUAAAGAUGGCAACAGAAGACAAGACAAUUUGAACCUGUUUCCUCCUGCCGACAGACGAACACUGGAGAUGCAUAUGCACAAUAUGAUGCAGGAUAUUGCUGCUUCAUUGUUGAUGGAAUUUGAAAAAUGGGUCCUCAAAGCGGAAUCUGCUGGGACAAUUGUCAAGACACCUCUGGAUUCACAAGCCAGUCUCAGCUCAGAGGAGGUUAUUAAGGCAAAAAAGCGGAGGCUUGGUCGUGCACAGAAAACCAUAGGGGAUUACUGUCUUUUAGCUGGUUCGCCUGUUGAUGCUAACGCCCACUACAAUACUGCCUUAGAACUUGCUAGAUUGACGGGGGACUUUUUCUGGUAUGCUGGGGCGCUUGAAGGCAGUGUUUGUGCAUUAAUGAUGGAUCGGAUAGGCCACCGAGAUCCAGUUCUGGAGGAUGAGGUGAAGUACCGGUAUAACAGUGUUAUUGUACACUAUAGGAAGUCAUUCACACAGGACAAUUCACAGAGAGUUUCACCUGUGAGCUUUGAACUCGAGGCUACUUUGAGGCUGGCUCGAUUCCUUUGCAGGAGAGAACAAGCUAAAGACGUGGUAGAGCUAUUGACAAAUGCAGCGGAUGGCGCAAAAUCAUUGAUUGAUGCCACUGAUCGAUUGGUACUGUACAUUGAGAUAGCUCGUCUCUAUGCGAGGCUUGGCUAUGAAAGAAAAGCUGCCUUCUUCUCAAGGCAGGUGGCGCAGCUGUAUUUGCAACAAGAUAAUAGAUUUGCUGCUGUAAGUGCCUUGCAAGUGUUAGCUAUAUCAACAAAAGCUUAUCGUGUCGAAAGCAAAGCAUCUAGUGCCAGAGAUUCGCUUCCUGAAAAUGGACCAAGUCCUGUGGAUGGUGGAAAGCUGAAUCCCAAUUCUAUAGUUUCACUAUUUGAGUCUCAGUGGAGCACUCUGCAGAUGGUUGUGCUUAGAGAAAUUCUUCAAUCUGCUGUGCGAGCUGGUGAUCCUCUUGCUGCGUGGAGUGCUGCUGCGCGUCUGUUGAGAAGCUACUACCCUCUUAUUACACCAACUGGUCAAAAUGGGCUUGCAACUGCUCUUACUAACUCAGCAGCACGGCUUCCUUCAGGGACUCGCUCUGCGGACCCUGCUUUGCCUUUCAUUAGGUUACAUUCUUUUCCUAUCAGUCCACCUGAGAUGGAUAUUGUGAAGCGCAAUUCUGGAAAAGAAGAUUGGUGGGCGGGUUCUGCUCCUUCAGGGCCUUUUAUUUACACCCCAUUUAGCAAAGGAGAUACUGAUAAUAACAGUAAGCAAGAGCUGAUUUGGGUUGUUGGUGAACCAGUUCAGGUUCUAGUUGAAUUGGCCAACCCGUGUGGUUUUGAUUUGGUUGUCGAUAGUAUAUAUCUCUCAGUUCCUACUGGGAACUUUGAUGCUUUCCCCAUCAGUGUGACUCUUACCUCCAAUUCGUCGAAAGUUAUUGCAUUAUCUGGAAUUCCAACAUCUGUGGGCCCCAUUACAGUUCCAGGAUGCAUUGUCCACUGCUUUGGUGUUAUCACUGAACAUCUUUUUAGAGAUGUUGACAACCUGCUGCUUGGUGCAGCGCAAGGGCUUGUUCUGUCUGAUCCUUUCCGUAGCAGUGGCUCCGCAACUUUGAGAAAUGUAUCAGUUCCAAACGUUUCUGUGGUUUCGUCACUCCCAUUGCUUGUCUCACAUGUAGUUGGUGGUGAUGGCGCUGUUAUUCUAUAUGAAGGUGAAAUUCGUGAUGUGUGUAUAAGUCUGGCCAAUGCAGGAACAGUUCCAGUUGAACAAGCACAUAUAUCAUUGUCUGGAAAAAACCAAGAUGCUGUUAUUUCAAUUGCGUAUGAAAAUUUAAAAUCUGCCCUUCCACUUAAACCAGGUGCAGAGAUUACUUUACCUGUGACCAUCAGAGCCUGGCAACAUACCACCGUGGACUUUGAUACUGCUGCAGGGAGGUCUGGGGGUUUAGGACGACAAUCAAAAGAUGGAACCAGCCCGAUGUUAAUGAUUCAUUACGCAGGGCCCUUGGGAAGUAAUGCAGAGUCUACAGCAGAAAAUACCAUUUUACCCCCGGGAAGACGCUUGGUUGUACCUUUAAAUGUCUGUGUUUCACAGGGAUUAUCUUUUGUGAAGGCUCGUAUGUUGUCAAUGGAGAUUCCUGCUAAUGUUGGUGAAAACCUUCCUAAACCACCACCUCUAUUGGACAAUGUUACAGAGUCAUCUUCAGGUUCUAAUAGAAUUGAAAGAUUGGUGAAAAAGGAUCCAUACAGGGGCACAUGGGGAUUACGCUUCCUUGAACUUGAGUUAUCUAAUCCUACUGAUGUCGUGUUUGAUAUUAGUGUUUCCGUCCAACUAGAAAAUACCACUAACGAGGACAAUUCUACUGACCAAGAACCUGCUGAGUAUGGCUAUCCAAAAACCACUAUUGACAGGGAUUCCUCUGCUAGAGUGCUGAUACCAUUAGAACAUUUUAAGUUGCCUGUUCUUGAUGCCUCCUUUUUUAUAAAGGAGCCUUUGGUUGAUGGAACUUCCAGUGGUAGAAAUUCAAGCUUUUCAGAGAAGCAUGCUAAAGCUGAGUUAAAUGCUUGUAUAAAGAACUUGAUAUCCAGAAUCAAAGUCCGAUGGGAAUCAGGGAGGAACAACACUGGAGAAUUGAACAUUAAGGAUGCAAUGCGGGCCGCCCUUCAAACAUCUGUUAUGGAUGUGCUACUCCCGGAUCCCUUGACUUUUGCCUUCCGGCUUGCUCGGGAUGGUUUAGAAGAUGAUCUUCAGAGUUCUGCAACGGAGGAGGGUUCAGUGUUAGCACAUGAUAUGACUCCUAUGGAAGUUCUGGUUCGAAAUAAUACCAAGGAAUUGAUCAAGAUGAAUCUCAGCAUUACAUGCAGAGACGUUGCUGGUGAGAACUGUCUUGAGGGUCCCAACGCUACUGUACUGUGGGCUGGUGUUCUCUCUGGAAUCACUUUGGAAGUACCCCCGCUUCAGGAAAUUAAGCACCCAUUUUCAUUGUAUUUCCUAGUACCUGGUGAAUACUCCUUAGUUGCUGGCUCGGUGAUCAACGAUGCCAACGAGAUCCUUAGGGCACGGGCAAGAAGCGAUUCACCCACUGAACCCAUCUUCUGCCAGGGACCUCCUGUUCACGUUCGUGUUUGUGGAGCUCCAUGAUUGGUGGUUUGCUGAAAUCAAAUUUCCAGUUAUUAGUCAGAGAUUAGCCAGUUUUUAAUAUAUCAGAGUUGAAAACAUCUGCAGCUUCCGGCACGUAAGUGUUUCUUCUGCAAAAUUCAUUUAAGAGUUUUUGUGCACCCUAAAUGCCUAAUUUCUCUAUCCUAGGGGUCGGAACUUUAGGUGGAUUAGCUAUUGGUGUGAAACCUAUUGGGUUGUAUACUUGUAUCAUUAUUAUUAUGAUUUGAAUUCUGGAAAUUUUUGGGUAAAUUCUAUUUAUUAGUCUGUAUUCCAUCAUUAAA